CGGGACGCGGUGGGCUGUCACACCCCCGGGGCUGGCCACGGCCCCCUAUAUCAGCCGGGCCAGCGGGGCAGCAGCAGCAGAGCGUGACGGUGACAGUGACGUCCCCUGGCCCCUCGCCCACCCUCCCCAUCAGCCAUGGACGACAUCUACAAGGCAGCGGUUGAGCAGCUGACAGAGGAACAAAAAAAUGAGUUCAAGGCUGCCUUUGACAUCUUUGUGCUGGGGGCAGAGGAUGGCUGCAUCAGCACCAAGGAGCUGGGGAAGGUGAUGAGGAUGCUGGGGCAGAACCCCACCCCUGAGGAGCUGCAGGAGAUGAUUGAUGAGGUGGAUGAGGAUGGCAGCGGCACUGUGGACUUUGAUGAGUUCCUUGUUAUGAUGGUCCGGUGUAUGAAAGAUGACAGCAAAGGAAAAACUGAAGAGGAACUCUCAGAUCUCUUCAGGAUGUUUGAUAAGAAUGCUGAUGGCUACAUCGACCUUGAGGAGCUGAAGAUAAUGCUACAGGCAACCGGAGAGACCAUCACUGAGGACGACAUAGAAGAACUGAUGAAAGAUGGGGACAAAAACAACGAUGGCAGGAUUGACUAUGAUGAGUUCCUGGAGUUCAUGAAGGGAGUUGAAUAAAUCCGAGGCCGGAUCGACCGCCUGCAUCUCCUAAACCCCUCCAGCUCCGUCGCUCUGCUCCUGGGUUCAAUCCCCUGGCUACCGGCAUGAAGACUGAGUGCUGAGAAGGGUGGCCAUCAGGAAAAUAAAGCGCGUUGAUACCGAG